GUCACCGGGGCGAGUUACCUCCCGCAGCCGCCGCCGCCGGGCUCAGCGCGAGCCCCGGAGCCCUUGAGCGCGAGGUGCGGAGCCCCCGGAGCCCCUGAACCGCAGCCACAUCCCCGCGCCGCGCGCCCUGCCGCGCCCGCGCGAUGCCCUCGGACCGGCCUUUCAAGCAGCGGCGGAGCUUCGCCGACCGCUGUAAGGAGGUGCAGCAGAUCCGCGACCAGCACCCCAGCAAGAUUCCGGUGAUCAUCGAACGCUACAAGGGUGAGAAGCAGCUGCCCGUCCUAGACAAGACCAAGUUCCUGGUCCCGGACCAUGUCAACAUGAGCGAGUUGGUCAAGAUCAUCCGGCGCCGCCUGCAGCUGAACCCCACGCAGGCCUUCUUCCUGCUGGUGAACCAACACAGCAUGGUGAGCGUGUCCACGCCCAUCGCGGACAUCUAUGAGCAGGAGAAGGAUGAGGACGGCUUCCUCUACAUGGUCUACGCCUCCCAGGAAACCUUCGGCUUCUGAGCCAGCAGUAGGGGGGGUUGGCCUGGGAGUGGGGGCCCUGUCAGGCUCUGCCUAGGGAGCUCCAGGCUUCUGAACUGAGCUGCCUCUGCCCCUGUGGGCUGGGCAGGGAUAUGGCCCCCUAGCCACGGGGCCCCAGCCAACCAACUCCACCCUUGGGUGGAUCCUGGGCCAGUCACAUUAGGAUUGCCCCUCUAGGUGCUGGCUGGGAUGGGGGAAGGUGGGGAGCAGCCCCCAGCACCCCUGCUUUGUGUGGUUUGUCUUUUUUUUUUUAGGCCCCUGCCUGUCUGCCCAUCUGUCCCUCACCCACCUGAGGCUUUGCCCCCGGUCUGGACCUGCCCACCCCUGAAAGAUGGCCCCUGGCUCACCCACAUGAUCUUCACAUGGUGUAUGGAUCUCUGGUCAUUGUCCCUCUGCAGAAUAAAGAUUGCUCAGGCCUGCCUGG